UUACAUAAAAGAGUCCCAUGAAUAAAGUGAGAAUAAAAGUGCCCCAUAAUCAUGGGACACUUUUAUGCUCACUUUUUUCUUGAGUCUCUUUUGUUGCUAUACGAAUGUAUGAGGCAUUUCGGAACGAACUUUUUUUCGCAGGUCAAGAAUAUUCUCAUGCGUUCAAUUUAUGUCUAAAAAGGAUUUUAGUAAAAAGGUUCUAGUCUGAAAUGAAGUAACCCUUCGGUUUAUUGAGGAAUGACCAUAAAAUCUGCUAUAGAUUUGGAGUUUUUACGAAAAUCUUUUUUAACUCUCCAAACAUAAAUUACCGUUGCUAAUGACAUUUGACAAUUUUAAUCUCCAGUCUCUAAAAGCUGUCAUCGAUGACAAUAACCAAAAAUUAACUGCAGUAAUGACUGUUUCCAAUGCAUGCAAAACCACGUACGAAGAAAUCGAAAAAUAUAAGAAGCAUCGCUAUGUCAUCUUCUACAUUAAGAAUUAUAAUCAAAUCGACGUAGAAUCGGUCGGUGGUUGUAACGCUGAAUACAAACAAUUUUUAGAAGCCAUCCAAAAGGGCGGCACUCGUAAAGGUGUCAAACGGACGGACUGUCCGUCUUUUUAUCGGGCCACUGAUCUGUCGCAAGCAUCUAAAGAGGCUGUGGAAAAAAAAUUACGUGAUUUUGACCAGCAACAGCUGAAUAAAAACGGUCUACUGUCUUGGGCUGGUAAAUCGAUCGAACCGUACGGUAUCGAUUACAUUCUCAAUAAA